AUGGCUUCCGUGGCUACUGUGACCAUCCCCCUUCCCGCCCUUCCCAGCGGCUGGGCUGCCGACAAGGACUUCAAGGCCAUCGGCAAGCUCACUGAGGCUACUCAGCGAACCAUCGAGCCCGUUGGACCUCACUUCCUCGCCCACGCUCGCCGUGCCCGCCACAAGCGCACUUUCUCUGAGGAUGACCGCAUCCAGGCUCAGGAGAGCACCAAGAACGUUGAGGAAGGCGACGCCAGCGAUGAGAGCGAGCCUGAGGAUCCUAUGAUGCUCCAGCGUGAGGCCAAGGACUGGAAGACCCAGGACCACUACAAGAUUCUCGGCCUCUCCAAGUACCGAUGGAAGGCUACUGAGGACCAGAUCAAGAAGGCUCACCGCAAGAAGGUCCUCAAGCACCACCCCGAUAAGAAGGCCGCCCAGGGCCGUACCGAGGACGAUCAGUUCUUCAAGUGUAUCCAGAAGGCCACCGACGUCCUUCUUGACCCCAUCAAGCGUCGCCAGUUCGACUCCGUCGAUGAGGAGGCUGAUGUCGAGCCCCCUACCAAGAAGCAACUCCAGAAGACCGACUACUACAAGGCAUGGAGCAAGGUCUUCAAGUCUGAGGCUCGCUUCUCCAAGACACACCCCGUCCCCUCAUUCGGCAGUGCCGACGCCACCAAGGAACAGGUCGAGGAGUUCUACAACUUUUGGUACAACUUUGACAGCUGGAGAACCUUCGAGUACCUCGACGAGGAUGUCCCCGAUGACAACGAGAACCGUGAUCAGAAGCGACACCAGGAGCGCAAGAACACCAACGCUCGCAAGAAGAAGAAGGCUGACGACAACGCCCGUCUCCGCAAGCUGCUAGAUGACGCUUCUGCCGGCGAUGAGCGCAUCAAGCGAUUCCGACAGGAGGCCAACGCCGCCAAGAACAAGAAGCGUUUCGAGCGCGAGGCUGCUGAGAAGAAGGCCAAGGAGGAUGCUGAGGCCGCCAAGCUCGCCGAGGAGAAGGCUCGCCAGGAGGCCGAGGCUGCUGCCAAGGCUGACCGUGAGUCCUCCAAGAAGGCGAAGGAGGCUGCCAAGAACGCCGUCAAGAAGAACAAGCGUGUCCUCAAGGGAUCCGUCAAGGACGCCAACUACUUCGCUGCCGGCGAGCCCACGCCCGCUGACAUCGACUCCGUUCUCGGCGAUGUCGAGACCAUCCAGGGCAAGAUCGACCCCGAUGAGAUUGCUGCUCUUGCUGGUAAGCUCAACGGUCUCAAGGUUGCCGAUGAGAUCAAGGCUGUCUGGGCCGGCGAGACCAAGCGACUCGUCGAGGCUGGUAAGCUCAAGGAGGGAGAUGUUAAGGUCUUGGCUUAA